GCUUCAAGAAAGAAAGAAGUCGGUGCAUCUGUCUUGCCGACCAAUCAUGACGGCUUCUCCCUGCGGUUAAAACCAGAAUCGCUCUUUCCCAAAUCCAUCCUUAUUCCUAUCCCUAUCCCCAUCGCCCCCCCCUCUCCUCUCCAAAUCCGCUAUUCCUUUCUUCCCCACUCUUUCUUCCUUCUUCUCUUCCUUCUCCCCUUCCGAUAAUUUAUUUUUUUACUCGUUAUCGGAAGGAGGAAUACCCAGAUCUAGGGUUUUUAUAUCUCUCUUUUAUUCUCUUUAUUCUCUCUGUUUCCUUCCCCUUAUUCUGUUUCUUUGUUCUCUUCUCUUGGGGGAGGGGAGUCCAUCUUAGCCAUGAGGGGGCCAGCGGAGCACGCGGCGGCGGCGGGGACAGCGGUGGCGGAGGAGGCCGAUAGGGAUAAAAAGAGGCGCCGCCGUCAGAAUCGGCGAUCCAAGCAAACCCUCGUCGGGCUGCCAGGGGGAAGCUGCAGCUCGAUGGACUCGGUGUACGGGCAGCCACCGGAGUGGUUGGAGAAUUCGAGAGGGGGUGCCGGUGGGGGCGGUUUGAAGGUUGGGCUGCAGAAGGCGUUUAAUGUUGGCUUCAGCUCCCUCCCGGCGAUGCAUAUUAACGAUGAGGGUGAUGCUGGUGGGAUGACGGCUGGGUUACUGCCAUGUAGUGUUGCGGGAGGGGAGAUCUCCCGAUCCUGCCCCUUGCCGAACUCAUCUUCUCCCUUGAAGGAUCCGAUGGAUGCAACGGCUCCCUGGAACACAGCAAAGAAGUAUUUUGCUCCUUACUGGUCGGAGCAAGAAGUGGAAGAAGCGAUUGAGAAAGGGAAAGCCUUUAAAGCUACUUUUCGUGUGAAUGCAUAUAAUAGUCUCGAGGCCUACUGUACCAUAGAUGGUGUACCAGUGGAUGUUCUUAUCAAUGGAGUUGCUGCACAAAACAGAGCGAUUGAAGGCGAUGUUGUUGCUGUCAUGUUGGAUCCUGUAACAUCCUGGACUAGGUUGAAAGGAUCAAAUGUGCAUGGCAAUCCUGUUCUGGCAGAUGAUUCUAAUAUUCUCUCUGAAGCCCGAGAAGUGGUUGACAAUAAAUGUGCUGGGAAAGAACGGUUGGAUGCCAACUGUGGUUGCUACACUUACAGUAAUGGCUUGCUCCCAUUGGACAAGAGGUGCCAAUUUAAUGAUAAUGGUGGUAUUAGUGAAGUUGUUCAUAGCAAUCCGGGAAAUGGACCUGGCAUCUCCAAUAAAAAGUGUAUUGUACAGCAGUCUAAUCCCCCAGAAAAUUCAAAUAUGCAGGCUUUUGAGCAGGGGGAAGCUGCAAGAGCUUUAGAGCGGAUACGUGCCAUGAUAAACUCUUACCCAUCAAAACGGCCAACUGGAAGAGUCUUAUCUAUCAUCAGAAUGUCUCCUCGCCGUGGAGCGGUAAUUGGUUUUCUUAGUUCUAGGAAGUGGCUUCCUGAAGGGGAAGGAUAUGGAAAUCUGGUUAGUAGUCAUGUUUCAAAAAACAAGAACCUUGUAUCCUUAUCUGAUGAGGAUUACAUACAACUGAUACCUACUGAUCCCAAAUUCCGAAAGAUGGUUGUUACUGUCGGCAGCUUAGCAGACUCUGUAAAGAAAAGGCUGAAAAAUGGUGACACAACAGUUGAAAAAGAAUUAGUUGCUGCACACAUAGAUGAGUGGAGUGAGGAAAGUCUUUGUCCUCAAGCUCGUGUCAUACAUAUUCUGGGACGAGGUGGUGAAAUUGAACCACAAAUCGGUGCCAUCUUGUUUGAAAAUGCAAUUUGUGCUGCAAAAUUUUCAACUGAAUCACUGGCUUGCCUUCCAGAUGUACCUUGGAAAGUCCCUGUAAAAGAGUUUGAAAGUAGACAUGAUCUCAGAAAUAUUUGCACUUUUACAAUUGAUCCAUCUUCUGCAAUUGACCUGGAUGAUGCUUUAUCUGUAGAAAUAAUAUCUGAUGAAAUAUUUCGUGUUGGUGUUCACAUUGCGGAUGUCUCAUACUUUGUUCUUCCGGACACAGCAUUAGAUACUGAAGCUCAAAUUCGAUCUACCAGCGUUUAUAUCUUACAACACAAGCUGCCGAUGCUGCCUCCAAAACUUUCUGAAGAAGUGGCAUCACUUAUUCCGGGGGCAGAUAGACUUGCCUUGUCAAUUAUUUGGGAUAUUGAUCGCUUUGGGAACAUCAAGAAUCGCUGGAUAGGCCGAUCCAUUAUCCAGUCAUGCUGCAAGCUGUCAUAUGAGUUUGUUCAAGAUAUCAUUGAUGGAUCAUUUGAUGUUGAUCAACCUAGUCUGUCAGGAAAUUCAGGUCCUCAAUUGCAUGGCCAGUUUAAGUGGAAGGAUGUAUUUGAAUCCCUCAAAAGCCUUCAUGAGAUCUCUAAGAAGCUGAGAGACAUUAGAUUUAAAGAUGGAGCCCUUUGGCUUGAAACUGCUAAGCUUGUUUUCUUGUUUGAUGAGUGUGGAACUCCAUAUGAUAGCUUGCUUAAUGAGAGAAAGGAGUCAUGUUCUCUUGUUGAGGAAUUUAUGCUUUUGGCAAAUAGGUCUGUUGCUGAAGUCAUAUCCAGGGCUUUUCCUGAUUGUGCCUUGCUACGCAGGCAUCCUGAACCAAAUUUUCGAAAGCUUAAAGAGUUUGAAGCAUUUUGUAGCAAACAUGGUUUUGAGUUGGACACUUCAUCCUCUGGUCAACUUGACCUUUCAUUGUCCAAAAUAAGGGAGAAGCUAAAGGAUGAUCCUGUAUUGUUUCAUAUUCUCAUUUCAUAUGCUUCAAGGCCGAUGCAGUCAGCAGCAUACUUCUGCACUGGGGAUCUGAAAGGCAGGGAAAAUGAUUGGGCUCAUUAUGCACUGUCAGUUCCCUUCUACACACAUUUUACUUCCCCAUUGCGAAGGUAUCCUGAUAUAAUUGUGCAUCGGACAUUGUCAGCUGUACUUGAUGCUGAAGAUAAUUAUUCAAAGAAAAAACAGAAUUUGCUUGGAGCAUACAAGGGUGAAGCAUCAGGCAGUGAAAUUGCAAGCAGAUGUUUUUCUGGCCUUUAUUUUGAUAAAGUUGCUGCUGAAUCUGAAGAAGGUAGUCAAAUAUUAUCAGCUGCUGCUUUGAAAUUUAAAGUUCCUGGAACUGAGGUACUUGCAGAAGUUGCUGCAUAUUGUAAUGAAAGAAAAGUAGCUAGCAGGCAUGCUGAGGAUGCUGGAGAGAAAGUCUAUCUCUGGGCUCUGCUGAAGAAGAAAAAGGUCCUAGUUUCUGAAGCCAGAGUUUUGGGGUUGGGACCAAGGUUCAUGUCAGUUUACAUUCACAAGUUUGCUAUUGAGCGGCGGAUAUAUUAUGAUGAAGUUGAAGGCUUGACUGCUGAGUGGUUUGAGACUACUUGCACAUUGGUGCUAGAUAUACUUAGGAAUAAACGCUUUCAUAGAAGGGGUAGCCCCAGGAGCUUCCGUGCAAUUGAAGAUGUAGCGUUGGUGUUGAAUCCGUUGGAGCUAGUCGUACCUGAGAAAGAGAAGAAAGCAACAGAAGCAGGGUGUGGUACUGCUAGUUUAACAUCGUCGGGCCUUGCAGAGAACAGUGAAAUCUAUCCAAUUGUUUUUCCUCUUGUAUUGCGACACCUAUCUGCUGUCCCUGUAGCUCUCCAUGCUGUUGGAGGUGAUGAUGGUCCGUUGGACGUUGGGGCAAGGUUAUACAUGUGCUCUUACUUCUGGUAAGUUGGUCACAAAUUCAGGGGUGCUCGCGGCAAGGGAGAUUUUAGCAGUUGACAUGGUUUCACUCUCAUGAUCAAAUGAUCCGAGUAAAAGCAAGGAAAAUGGAACUCCAUCUGCUGCAAGAUUCCAUGAAUAGAAUGGGUUUGCUCCAUGUAGAUAUCAUAAUUAUGUAUAGUUGCAGGGAGGUCAAAAGUGAAUAAGGACCUCUCCUUUAACUAGCUACCCACAAAUAUCUGACGGUUGAAGAAAGCCUCUCUUUUUUAAGGGAGGCUUGAGUUGUGGGUUUGGUUGGUAAUCGGAUUGGGUGGGCCUUAGGGCUUAGGUGGCUUUGCCUUUUAUCACCAAGCUACUUACUGGGAGAUUGGAUUUGCCUGAGUUUUUUUUUUCCCGCAACAGGCAUAUUCAGACCAGGAUGUCCAUGGCCUCUACCCUCUUCUGUGUCAAGACUAUCAAGGAUUUCAAAAGCCUGCUUGUGUUUUAUAAUGGUGGGCUUUAUCUGUUGGCGUUUCCAACUAUACCAUGUUCUGCUGAAGGCUUGUUAAUUGAGCUUUGUGUUCUUAUAUGUGAUUAUAUAGCUUAGCAAACUUUCGGCUUGUUUUUUUAUUAUGAAAGCUUUUCAAGUUGCUGUUAUGUUACUCUUGCUGGGUGUUAAUCCAGUUGAUGCUUCCACAAUUCAGCCAUGGUAUUACAUUCUCUUGCUGCAAUAGCAGUUCAUGUUGUAAGCUU